AUGGUGUAAUUAAAAAAUUAUUGCAAGCAACAUUAGUUGUCUAUGAUAACAGAAGUUUAUGAAAUUUUAUGUAGUUUUGUUAUGCGCACGCAUAAGGGUAGGUAUAAAAAGACCUUAUCAGGUAAAAUGGCUAUUAAUGAAAUCUAUAGAUUUUUCAGAAACAUUAGGUCAAAUUAUCUUUUUUCAAUCAGCAAUAUUUUUUUAAAGGAUUUUUUUUGUGAUCAGUUGUUCAUAUUUUCUGUCUACCAAAAUGUGUGUGCAUGCCUGUUGUUUUUGAUGCAAAAUCAAAACAUCUUGCACAGAAAGUAUGUAUGUAUGUUGUAUAUUUUUAAUCAAAUUAGUGCAGAUAGCACCUACAUGAAUAAAAAUAUUUUAAAAUAUUCUUUUCUUUAUAUAUACAGAAGUAUGAGUGAAAGUAGAACUUCUUUGGCUCAAGUCAAAGCUCUUAUAGAAUCUAUCAAUUCUGGAGAUACAGUUUUAGACGAGCAAAUUAAAAAUUGGCUGCAGUGGGAUAAGAAUGAAGAUACAUUUGGAGAAAUUAAGGAUCUAUUAUUGAUGAAGGACUAUGAAGGGUUAGGUCAAAGGCUUCUUAAGCGUAUGGAGUUUGGUACUGCAGGAUUACGUGCUGCAUUGGGAGCAGGCUUCUGUAAAAUGAAUGAUGUCACCGUCAUACAAGCUACUCAGGGACUGUGCAAAUACCUGUUAACACAAUUUACAGAUAUCAAAAGUAUGGGUGUGGCGAUUGGCCACGAUGCACGUCAUGGUAGUCACAGAUUCGCAAGACUCGCAGCAGCUGUUUUUCUUCAUGAAGGCAUCAAAGUUUAUCUUUUCUCUGAUAUUGUGCCAACACCAUUUGUGCCUUUUUCAGUGUUGAAGUACAAAUGUGCUGCUGGAGUAAUGGUAACAGCAUCACAUAACCCUAAGGAAGACAAUGGAUACAAGGUCUAUUUCUCAAAUGGAGCUCAGAUUAUUCCUCCACAUGACAAAGGUAUUUCUGAUCACAUCAUGGCAAACCUUGCCCCGCUGGAGACAUCUUGGGAUAUUGAUAUCCAUAAGUCCAGUGACAUAUGCAUUGAUCCAUUGAAAGAAGUUAUGGCAGAUUACAUGCAAAGUAUUCAGACACAUUGUCAUUACAGAUCCAACAAUAAAUCAAGCAGUUUGAACAUAACAUAUACAGCUAUGCACGGUGUUGGCGCCAAAUACGAAGUUGAAGCCUUUAAAGCUUUCUCUUUAAAACCUUUUUUUACAACGCCUGAACAGGAUAAACCCGAUCCGGAUUUUCCAACUGUCAAAUAUCCUAACCCAGAGGAAGGGAAGGGAGCACUGAACCUAGCAAUUCAAACUGCUGAAGCGAACAACAGUCCGUUUAUAAUUGCUAACGACCCUGAUGCUGAUCGGCUAGCGAUUGCUGAAAAAAUAAAUGAUGUCUGGAAAAUUUUUACUGGGAACGAAAUUGGUCUGCUACUUGGUUGGUGGUCUUUUAACAACCAUAAAAACAACAAUGCAGAAAUGUAUCCUGGUGAUUCUGUGUACAUGGUACACAGCACUGUAUCAUCGCGCGUUCUGCAAUCAAUCGGCAAGGUUGAAGGUUUCAAAGUCAUUGAAACAUUAACUGGAUUUAAAUGGAUGGGUAAUAUUGCGCAUAAUUUAAUAAAAGAUGGAAAGCAUGUUUUAUUUGCAUUCGAAGAAGCAAUUGGUUUCAUGUUUGGAACGCAAGUUUUAGACAAGGAUGGCAUCAGCGCGGGAGCAAUAGUAUCUGAAAUGGCUUCCUACUUGUACAGUAAGGGAAGCACAGUAACAAUACAACUUGAUCAUCUGUAUGAACGAUACGGCAUACAUAUUUCGAAUAACUCUUACUUUAUUUGUCAUUCUCAACCGACCAUUAAAGCAAUUUUUGAUCGCAUGAGAACUAUGGAAAACGGUUCGUAUCCGACAACAGUUGGACCGUUCAAAGUUGUUUCUGUUCGUGAUUUGACUGGGAAUGGUUACGAUAGCAGUCAACCUGAUAAAAAACCAAUUUUACCCACUAGUAGUUCAAGCGAAAUGAUCACUUUUCAAUUUGACCAUGGUUGUGUGGCUACAAUACGAACCAGUGGAACGGAACCAAAAAUUAAAUAUUAUUCGGAAAUAUCCACGAAUCCUACUGAGAGAUUAACUCGUGAAAAAGCGCAAGCAAAGAUAGACGAACUUAUAAAUAACUUAGUUGAGAAGCUGUUGGAACCAGAAAAAAACAAUCUCGAAAGAAGAGUUGAAUCUUAGCAGAUUUUAUUAUUAUCUUUUUUGUUGUUGUUGUUGUUUAAUUACAAUCAUGCUUAUAUUUAGCCCUUUUUUUGUUGAUUUGCACUCUUGUAUCUCUUGAAGCAAUAUUUGCUUUAAUUAUUAUGAUGUGGAUAUUGCUAUGAUGGAAUAUUUUUUGCUGCAGUUGUUGUAGCUGCUGUUGUUGUUGUUGUUGGUUUUUGUUUUUGUUGUUAUUAUUGUUGUCGUUUUGUUGCUGUUGUUAUUGUUGCUGUUGUUAUUGUUUUUGUUUUUGUUUUUGUUAUUGUUUUUGUUGUUGCUGUUGUCCCCUGCCGUUGUUGUUUUCUUACAGUUGGUUUCCAUUAAAAUUCGUAAUUUUUGUGCAACUAGUUUUGUCGCUUUGUUGCACACGAUGUGUUUCUGUUAAAAUUGUGAAAUAACUGUGACACAACUGUUUUGUUUGCUCAACACUUUAUGUUAAUAAAAACCAAACUUUAGUAGCUUGUGGCCCUAUUGAUAAAAUAUUUAUUUUAGCAGAUAAUUGGGUGCACAAUUCCCAUUUUUGUAAUUGCCUUUGGUAUUUUAGCAGAUUAGUUUUGUUAUAAUGUUUUCUCUAUGUCGCUUUUUUUUUCUUCUUUUUUUGAAUCUCUAAAAUGGAAAAGUUUUUUUAGAAAAUUCCUAUAUUGUAUCAUUUUUAACGAAAAUAGAUUCUAUCCAAUUA